AAAUGUUAUUUUAUUUUAUCAAUAUUGAACAUGCAAGUUGAAAAUAAUGAAAAAAAAUAACUUGGGCUAACACAAGGAAGUACUCCUCCCUAAAAAACACACACACACACUCAAACCCCAAGCCACAUUAAACACACUCUCACCUUCUUCCCCUUCUCUCCGUCGCCUACUCAAUAAAUACCUUUCCCGUCCGUCACCAUUCCCAAAACUAAACCCCUUUUUUUCUAAUCUCUGAAUCCCUCAAUUAGAUUUCAAUGUCCGCCGGGAUUUUCUCGCCGCCGUUCUUCCCCACUGGCGGCAGUCCGCUCCCCACCUCCGCCACCGUCUUCCAGCCACAACAACCGGCGGAUUCGCCGCCAAUCUCCACUCCCUCUAACUCGUCGUCGAUCGUCAUUGUUGUGAUUGUUAUUGCCUCCGCCGUCAUCGUCUCCGCCUCGAUCUACCUCCUCCUCCGCCUCAUGUCUCGCGGAUGCAACCGCACGCACGACGCGGCGGAGGACGUCAUCUCUAGCUCCGCCGCCUCCGCCGCCGCUGCCGCGGCGAGGCGGCCGUCUCUGGAGGCCGUGGAAGCGCUCCCGCUUUUCACGUUCGGUUCCGUCACGGGGAACCUGACCGGCGCGGAUUGCGCGGUCUGUUUGUCGAAAUUCGUGGCGCACGAUCGGCUACGGCUCUUGCCUUUGUGUUGCCACGCGUUUCACGCGCAGUGCAUCGACGCGUGGCUCUCCGCGAACCAGUCCUGUCCUCUCUGCCGCUCGCCGGUGUAUCCGACGGAGGCCGAUGUCCUGAGGAAAAUCCUCUCCGUCUCCAACGACCGCGGCAAUGCAAACAGCGGCAGUUUCCGCGUGGAGAUUGGAAGCAUAAGCCGCCGCCGCGGCGGAGACCCCGCUUCCGCCGCCGGAAACAGUCAGAGGUCGUACUCCGUAGGCUCCUCGCUUGAAUACGUUGUCGACGACGGCCGCGAAGUCUCUGUCCAGUCAAUUCACCGCAGAGGAGCUUCGGAGUGCACCGAUAAGGAAUCGAUCGGCGCUCCGGUGCCGGAAUCCCCGGGAGACAAUUUGGCGCGAGAGGUAUCCAGGGGGAGGAGUUGGCUGAGAGAGUACGUCGAUCGAAUUGCUUCCUUUUCCGUUUCUUCUAGAACGAUCUCCGGGAGGUUCUUCGGCGGGAGUAGCCGGAGGAGCGACGUCGUGGUUCCGAUCGACGACGACCUAGAAGCCGGCCGGGUCGGCGAGGAGAUCAGCGAGUUGUUCCGAUGGCUCUCAGCCGUAUGACGAAGCGCGACAUUGCUGUAAAUUCAGUAACUCUAUAAGGGCAAACUAGUCAUUUCAUAGAUACAUAAAACACCAAAUUUUGCUAUUCAUCCACCUGUUUUACUGGAAUGUGGAUAAACUGAAUUCAUUGAG